UGUCCAGAACGCAGCUCAGAAUUUCUCGGAUUUUCUUCUGUUGGUUUCUACAUAUUCCCUGUUUGAUUUUUGUGUUUGUUUUGGAUUGUUUGUUCGAAAAUAAAAAAGUCAACCUCGUUUGUAUCUUUGAACGUCUGAGAAAUUUCCUGGGUAAUCUAUUGCUCCGCAUUGAGUCCGUAGUUUUUAAGGUUCCAGCACCAUUUUUCAUUUUCUUUUUUGUUUUUAACUGUUACUUUAGACUUUCGUAGCAAGCUUUCAUUGAAAUUUAAAGCUUCCAAAUUUUACCUCCUACUAGUAUGAACUAUUCUGUGGUUAAGCAGCAAGUUGGCAACUUAUUGGGGUCUCUUUUCUGUAACAUCUUAAUUUUCCUCUCACAUUUUUCUUGUUCUACAUGAUUCUAGACCCAUUGAAUGGAACUUCCCAUAUUGGCAUAACGUGGCGCUGUCUCUGAAAUCAUGAUCUGCAGACCAAAGCUUCUGAAAUGUGGCAUAAUUCAGAGUCUGAACUUUCUCAGCGCCAAUUCUUCUCUUUUGAUUGAUACGGGUAAACCUCUUGAUAGAAUACAAGAAGGCGCCUAUUCAACAAUGCCAUUGGCUAAUGAUAACAUGGAUAAGGAAUUUGGGAAUUUUACAUUGGCAAAAGACCUGGCCAGUCUUGUUGAGGAAUCUUCUAAAGUUGUUGAGAAAAAGGCAAAGAGUCGAAUGGAGCUCAAGAGAUUGCUUGAAUUCCGCAUUAAAAAGAGAGUCAAGGAGCAAUAUGUGAACGGGAAAUUUCAAGACGUAAUGGAAAAAGUGGUUUCCAAUCCAGAAACUCUUCAGGAUGCUUACAAUUGUCUGAAGCUUAACUCUAAUGUUGAUGUGGAUUUGAACUAUGACAGCACUUUCAAUACCUUGGCAGAACAGCUAUGCCAUGGGAGUUUUGAUGUCACUGCCAAUACCUUCACUAUUUCAACAAGAGGUGUGAAGAAAGAUGUUCUUGUCCUCCCCAAUUUAAAGUUGAAGGUUCUCCAAGAAGCUAUCAGGAUUACUUUGGAAGUUGUUUAUAGGCCACACUUCUCCAAAAUUUCACAUGGUUGUCGAAGUGGCAGGGGACACUCCACAGCCUUAAAGUACAUCUGCAAAGGGAUCUUGAAUCCUGACUGGUGGUUCACAUUGCAUGUAACCAAAAAGUUAGAUGCUGCUGUCUUAACUAAGCUUGUCUCAGAAAUGGAGGACAAAAUAGAAGACCCAAAAUUAUAUGCGAUGAUUUGGGGCAUGUUUGAGGCCCAGGCACUGAAUUUUGAGUUUGGAGGUUUCCCAAAGGGCCAUGGUCUUCCACAAGAAGUUUUAUCGUCUAUUCUCAUGAAUAUAUAUUUUGACCUCUUUGAUCGAGAAUUUUACAGGUUGUCAAUGAAAUAUGAAGCUAUUAAUGGUGGAAGUUGUGAUGAUCAAGAUAAAUCAUGCUCCAAAUUGCGCAGUUGGUUUAGGAGACAGUUGAAAAGUCAUGAUCCUAAGUGCUUAGUUGAAGGGACUCCUGGUCUCAAAGUAUACUCUUGCCGAGUUAUGGAUGAGAUAUUUUUUGCAGUUUCUGGUUCUAGAGAAUCUGCUGUUAGUUUGAAGUCUGAGAUCCAAACUUAUUUGAAGGACUCUUUGCUCCUGGAUGUGGAUGACCAAACAGAUAUACUACCUUGUGAUGGAUCUGAUACUAUUCGCUUUCUGGGAACUUCAAUUAGAAGAAAUGUUAGAGAAAGUCCUGCGGUUAAAGCUGUUCACAAGUUAAAGAAAAAAAUUGAAUUAUUUGCUUCACAAAGGCAAGAGGCCUGGAAUUAUGGGACAACUAGAAUUGGGAAGAAAUGGCUGGGGCAUGGUUUAAAGAAGGUUAAGGAAUCAGAAAUCAAACACUUAGCUAAUAAUAGCUCUUUGCUAAACAACAUUUCAUGCUUCCGUAAGUCUGGAAUGGAAACUGACCAUUGGUAUAAACACUUAAUGAAGAUAUGGAUGCAAGUUAUUCAAGCUAAAAAUGCUGCAAGUGAAGAAAUCAUCCUAUCUAAGUGUGUUGCUGAACCAUCUCUACCCCAAGAGCUUAAAGAUUCAUAUUAUGAAUUUCUAAAACAGGUGGAUAAGUAUAUAUCUUCUGAGACAGCUUCUACACUCCAGCUUUUAUCAAAUUCUGACAUCUCAACACAACUUGAAAUUAAACAAACUGAGAUUAUUGCUCCGUUAUGUGCUAUUAAAAAACGUCUCCAGAGAUAUGGAUUGGUCACAUCUAAUGGAUGCCCCCGCCCUGCUACUUUACUUAUCUUGCAAGAUACUGCUGAAAUUAUUGACUGGUUUUCAGGGAUUGUACGCCGCUGGCUAAGAUGGUAUCAGAAUUGUGUUAACUUUAAUGAGGUAAAGCUCUUGAUUUCUGUUGAAGUUCGGAAAUCAUGUAUCCGUACUUUAGCAGCGAAGUAUCGGAUACAUGAAACUGAGAUAGAGAAGCGGUUUGACCAGGAACUCAGCAGGCUUCCAUUAACUGAGGAGAUAGAGGAUAAGAUGACAAAUGAAACUUUGGAUGUUGAAGCUUUUGAUAAUAAUGAGUCAUUAAUGUAUGGAAUUUCCUACAGUGGUUUGUGUUUGUUGUCUCUGGCAAGAUUAGUGACACAGUCAAGACCUUGUAACUGUUUUGUUAUUGGGUGCUCAUCCGCAGCACCAAGUGUCUAUACUCUUCAUGUUAUGGAAAGGCAGAAGUUUCCAAGCUGGAAGACUGGCUUUUCAACUUGCAUCCAUCCAAGCUUGAAUAAACGACGAAUUGGAUUAUGCAAGCAACAUCUGCAAGAUUUGUACCUGGGUCACAUAUCUCUGCAGUCCAUUGAUUUUGGUGCAUGGAAGUAAGCGCUAUCUAUUAUUGGAGAUUCCUUAUAAGGCUAUUUGGAUUAUGGUCAUAUAUUACAUCAGUUUGUUGAAGAUGUUAAAGGUUCUCUUGCAAAUGAGGUGCAAAAUUUAAAUCUCAGCUUACUAGCAGAUUUUGUUUGAUAUCCCGAGGUGAUUCUCUCCUUUACUUAUGACUAUUUUUACUUUCAUGAAUCUCAUUCUGAUCAAUCAUUUGCAGAUUAUAUAAUUCUAGGCAUUGGAGCUCUAGAAAUUUGUCUUCGAUUUUUGGUAAUGGUUUAUGGAGCUUUUGUUGUCAUCCUAAAUUCCAUUUUUAGAUUUAGGGCCUGCUUGGAUAGGCUUAUAAGUGAUAGAUUCGCUUGCUUGUUAUAUGAUGGUUGAUGGCUUCAGAUCAGGGCAUGUUUUGCAUUAUGAGAUGUUAAAACACAUUUACAAUUAUUAAUUCUGUGGAAUGCUAUUUAUAUUUUAAUCCAUAUAGGUUUGGAAAUGUUAAAAUAUUUACACUUUAAGAUUAUAAGUUAUUUUUAUAUUUGAAUAUCUUAUUAAAAUUUUAUUUAAGAAAAUUUGUUAUAAAAUUUUGUAGCCAAAUGAAUUGUAUUUAAAGAGUUCUUUUGAUCACAGUAUCCUAAUGCUUAACAAUUUAUGCUUCAUAUAAUAUCUCUUGCAAAAUUCUUACUAUGUAGCAUAACCAUCCAAACAAGAAGGCAAAAAUACCUUUUUUUCCCAAUCCAAAAUGGAAGUACUUUUAAAUGUAUAUCCAAGUAAGCCCCUGAUCUUUGUGAAGUGGGCAAUUGUGUUCCAUUAGAUGCUGCUGCUGCUUUUUUUUUGUUUUUUGUUUCCCAAUAAUGAAUCAUUUGGUUUUGGUAUUCAAGGCUACCAACUAAUUCAGAUUUGAGUUGAGUUAAGCACUAAUUGAGGGGAAGCUCUGGUUAUUUAUGUGAUUGUAUGUCUAGAGGAUUAUUCAAGAAAAUGACCAACAACUCAUCAUCCAUCUCAAAUGAGAAAUUUUUUUUUUUUAAUACUCUUUCUAAGGUAGUUCUUACUUACAUGGUCAUGUCUGGAUUGCCCAGCACCAAUGACACCUUAUUUGUGUCUGCUUAAAUUGUCAGUCUGCAAUCUUUGAUGCCAAGACAGAUGUAUGGCAAAAGAUGGGGCGUUCUUGUGAGGAUUUUGGGAUUAAGGAAGAUGAGUCUUCAUUCCCUCCUUUAGUUUAGUCCGUGUGAGUAUCCAUUUUGCUGGAAGAGGGAAUGAUUCAAUUAAUGGACUGAGUUAUAAAUAUCUUGCCAAUUUUCCUAUUUUAUCACUGUGCCACUUUUGCUGAGCAAAUUUUCAGCUUUAAGCUACAAGA